GAUGGUACGAUCUGAGCUGGGCGGGCGAGCUGCGGAGCAAGAGUGGGAGAAUCCAAUGGAGGGAAUAGGGGGGGAGAGAGCAUAAAUUCCUUGCGGAAGGGGCGAAGGGUGCUCUUGAGUCCUCUUCCAGGCUCGCGUUGGAAAGGGCUGCUGCAGGGAAAAGAGGAGAGAUGGGUGCCCUGAAGGGACAGGAGCCCCAGAGCCCCCAGGAGGUUGAAACCCGAGAGGAUGAAGAACAAAAUAUUAAGUUAAGUGAAAUUUUAGAGCUGCUGGUGGCAGCAGGAUACUUCAGGGCACGAAUUAAAGGUCUUUCCCCAUUUGACAAGGUGGUCGGUGGUAUGACUUGGUGUAUCACGACAUGCAACUUUGACAUUGAUGUUGACUUACUGUUUCAGGAAAACUCAACUAUUGGUCAGAAAAUUGCCUUAACUGAGAAAAUUGUGUCAGUCUUGCCCAGAAUGAAGUGCCCUCAUCGCUUGGAGCCUCAUCAAAUACAGGGCCUGGAUUUCAUCCACAUAUUUCCUGUGGUGCAAUGGCUGGUGAAACGUGCUAUAGAAACGCGGGAAGAAAUGGGGGAUUACAUUCGCUCCUAUUCCAUAUCUCAGUUUCAAAAGACCCACAGUCUACCAGAGGAUGAUGACUUCAUGCAAAGAAAAGAAAAGGCUGUCAGAGCAGUUAGUGAGAUCACUGAGGUGUACAAGCCACAAAGAAAAUACCAAAGAAGAGCAGGAGCAGAAAAGUUGAUAGAUGAGGAAUCCAAAGUUCAUGCUACACUUCUGGAAUAUGGCAGUUUCACCGAUUAUUUUUUGAGGUAUGGGUUCAGCAGACAAGGAAAACCUGAGAAGGCUGAAGACAAGAAGAUGGUGGUUCCUGCUGGGCUUGUAUCAGCAGGGAAGCCUGAUGCCUACACGGACGAUGACCUUCAAGCUGCUGAGGAGUUGCGUAUUAAAGCAUUGAUGACUGAGAUGGCUGCAAUGGGAACAGAAGAGGGCAGACUGACUGCAAGCACUGUUGGCCAAAUCGUUGGACUCCAGUCUGAUGAGAUCAAGCAGAUUGCAUCAGAAUAUGCUGAGAAGGAUUCUAGAGAUUUCCCAAAGAAAUUACAUAAAUCUCAAUCAGAACUUUCUGCAGAAGAGCGUCCAGAAAGACUUGGGGCUGCACAACAGCACAAAAGGAAAGUGGCAUUGCUUAGCAAGCAAAUCGCACAGAAAACCAAACAGCUGGAAGAAUUGCAGAUUAAAUGUGCUGACUUGCAAACAGCAUGUAGUGAGGCCAAGAAGACACUAAAUGAGGUUAAGAAUUAUAGUGAAAAAUUGGACAAGGAGCUGGCUGCCUUAGAAAUGGUGGAAUCCCAAGCUGACUCAAAUGUAUUGCAGAAGCUUCGAGCACUGGUGGCAAUGAAUGAGAACCUCAAAAGUCAAGAGCAAGAAUUUAGAGCACAUUGUAGGGAAGAGAUGGCACGCCUCCAGCAAAAUAUUGAAAGUUUGAAAGCAGAAGCAUCUGAAAAUGGAGAGGAAAAGGAACCUGCAAAAAUUAUAGACCAGCAAUACAAAACUGAGAGAGAGAAAUUGCAAAAGAUCAGGCUACUUCUGGCCCGACGCAAUAGAGAAAUAGCCAUUUUACAACGCAAGAUUGAUGAGGUACCCAGUAGAGCUGAGUUAACACAGUACCAAAAGAGAUUUAUUGAACUUUACGGUCAGGUAUCAGCAACUCACAAGGAAACCAAGCAGUUCUUUACCCUCUAUAACACCCUGGAUGAUAAGAAGGUAUAUCUGGAAAAAGAGGUUAACUUGCUGAAUUCAAUUCAUGACAAUUUCCAGCAAGCCAUGGCUUCUUCUGGUGCCCGAGAUCAGUUUCUCCGGCAGAUGGAGCAGAUCGUAGAAGGAAUUAAACAGAAUCGAAUGAAGAUGGAGAAGAAGAAGCAAGAAAACAAAAUGAGAAGGGACCAAUUAAAUGACGAAUAUCUGGAAUUACUGGAGAAACAGAGACUUUACUUUAAAACAGUGAAAGAAUUUAAAGAGGAAUGCCGCAAAAAUGAAAUUCUCUUAUCCAAACUGAAAGGCAAGAGUUCUUGAAGGACAUCAGGCACUGAUUCACUUGUAUGACUGAAUGUAUUAUUGUCUGAAUACUUUUUCAAUUUGAUCCAUUCAUUAACUAGGUUGGCUUAUUUUAAAGGAGUAAUGAAUUUGAGCAAUAUUACCUUAUUUGAUUUCUUACAUAUAUAGACAUAUACACAUACAUACAUACAUACAUACAUAUGAAAGACACACCAGAGUGGCGUUCUUUUGUAUUUCAAUUAGGUUUUGCACUAGUUACCAUUGCAGAAAAAAUACAUUUGUUUUAGAAAACAUGUAUCAUGUUUUAAACUAUAAAAAGAAUCAUUCAAGGUGCAUUGAACAAAAAGCUCCAAAUUUAUUUGUCAUUUGGAAGUCCUCUGCACCAGAACCCCAUUCAUGAGAAACAAGAAAACUAUGAGAGCACUUUGUUUCAUGUCUUCAGUAUCAAUGGGGAAAACAUUUCAGACAAUAAAAAUCUGAAUAUUAUGCUUAAAGGUGAUGAACACCAAAAUCAAGUUUUGUCCCUUUUCCUUCUGGGUUAGAAUUUGGGCAUCUGGAACUCCACAUAGCAAUUCCUUCAUGACAAGCUGUCUCCAGAAUUGAAAUCAUCUUUAAGAUCACUUUCACUUACAUGCCUUAGCUGAAGACUGGAAGACCAUUGGUAGUUUGGUCCUUUCUAAAUAGCUGUGGUAAAUGGUUUAAGAAAUCAAACAUAUUUUCUUAAUCCAACCAGUGUUAGCUUCAGAAGCUCUUCAAAAGUGAAACACUUCAGUGUUUUUUUUACAAGAUUUGUUCGUAGGAGGUUUGCAAUUGCUGAAACUGAGAGGGUGUGACUUGUCCAAGGUCACCUACUGAAUUUCAUGGCUGAGCAAAGGUGUCUUGUAACAUUGAACUCUUGUUUUUGUUAUUUCUACUUCUACCAUGAAUGCUGCCAGUAAAAAUUACUGACAUGAACAAACUGGCAAUGUUUAGAAGAGCUGUUUUUGUACAGUCUCAUACAGGGGUUGGGGAAAUGUAAACCCCAAACUCUUUUGCUAAGAUUCCCAAAAUUUUGAGAGCCAAAAAUACAUUCUACACAUUCUUCCUCGAAAUGGCCAAUAGUGCAGGUUGAGGCUGUUAGCCAUUUCUCUUAAAUUCUGGACAUUUUAGUACCUUCUCUACCAUUUCUUUAUUCCCAGACUUUUAGGAGGAAAAUGGCUUGAAAUGGGAGGUUCCUAAAAUACUCAGAAACUGAAUUAAAAUACCCAGUAAUGACUGUGGAGACUUGUGGGGUGCUGCUGGACAUUUUGGACCCCAAGUUUUUUUAGUGGGUCAGAUGGUGAAGAUAGAUGUGUGUGCCCGCCCUUCCAUGGUCCUGUGAGGUGGGGGACAAUGGUGUCCUCCAACACAGUAGAUUCCCGUGCCAGGUAUAGCAUUUAACCAGACAGUGCUGCACAUUCUUUGCACACGCUUAAAGAUGAGAUAGAUCUGGGUUCUUGACUUCUUACAUACAAAACUUUAUGGAACAGCAUUGCACUUGAUGUUUAAUCAACAGAAAGAUCUUUGGAUGUGUUCAGUCCGCCCUCCCAAUGCUCUAAACUUCUGUAAUGGUAGCAGACCAUCACAGUGGGACUAUUAUUCUGUUCUCCUUUUGACAUUUCAGCAAACUCCAUUAUCACUGAGUAGGCAGCAAAGAAACAUUGCAUCAUCUAGUUAACACAGUAAAUGUAGCUGUUACCUCUUUUGGUUCUAUCUCUGCUUUUAAAAAAAGGUUGUUUUCAUGUGUUGUUGUAGUUUUUGUUAAAUGCUGUGUAGAUGAGGGGACUGAAAAAAGAAUUAGAGAAGCCAAGCCAAUGGAAGAUGCUUUUCCAGACUGGUGCAAUAGUGCAGGAACAUAGAGGGCUUAUGUCUUCUGGGACAAAGAAGGCAAUCCAGCAAGUACAAACAUGCCAGUUAAAAUGUCAACCAUCAAAGCUGCUUUCUUCUCCUUCUAGUCUUGCCAUGUUUCCUCAUCUGUCUGAAAAGUGACGUCACGUAACGAGUCAUAAACACUAUCUGUAGCUGAGAAGCCUCCUUCAUCUUGACAUAAAAGCAAAUAGAAAUUUUUAUAAAGGCAGUUUUGUUUCAAAAGAAAUACAGGUUGAUUCUCCUGUAUCCAAAAUCCCAAAAACCAAAAUUGUCCACAUGGGUGAAUGAAAUAGUGACACCCUUUUUUCCUUGAUGUCACAAAAUUAUGGAAAAUGAUGUGUAUAAGGUAUAUAUGGAACAUAAAUGAAUUUCAUGUUUAGACUUUGAUCCCAUCUCCAAGAUAUCUCCUUAUGUAUAUGCAAAUAUUCCAAAAUCUGGCAGAAAAAAAAGCUGAAAUCCAAAACACUUCUAGUCCCAAACAUUCUGAGUAAGGGAGACUCAAUCUGUAAUAACCUUUUUCUUAAAAUGGAAACAAAAUAUCUUGCAUAAACCCGAACUCUCGCCUUCAAAUACUUAAUAAGCUUCUGCCUGGAAGAGAGGAAGAUUUAUGUAAGUAAGAGUGGGCCAGGAGUGGCCAAAGCGUAGUACACUAGAUGUCAAUGGAUUGAAACUCCCACCAGCCCUAGUCAACCUAGCCAAUUGUGAAGGAUGAAGGGAUUUGCAGCCCAGCAACAUAUGAAGGGCCAUUAUCCCUGAUCCCUAAGGAAGGAGUUCCAAAGAGUGGACGCAGCCACUGAGAAGGCCCUCUCCCUUGUUACCACCAAAUGAGCC